AUGGAGAAGAAAAACAAGAAUAGUGGUGGCAAGAUCUGUGUCAUCUGCUAUAAGUUUUUUACUAGUGGAAAAGCCUUGGGAGGGCACAUGAGGACUCACCUUGCAAAACUUCCGAUCCCUCCCAAGCCUGCUCCAAUAACUCCGACUACAGAUCUUAUGCCUUCAAAAAUAUCCAAAGUUGAUGUCGAUGGGGGUUCGUCCUUAAUCCAUCAACACUCAAUCUCUUCCUCACCAAAAAGUCUUCUGAAGAUGAAUUCACUAACUAAACAAAACUUUUACUCUAUGAAUCAAGACUUUGCAAUAAAAUUUUCAAACCCUGGCGAUGAUCAGAGAAGCAAAUCAGAUCAAUCUUACCAGACUGGAAAAAGAUCCAAACGUUGCCGCAAAAUUCAUGAUGCAACAAGAGCAGUAAUGUUGCCGCCUAAGACAAAAGCUAAUCGAAAUCAAACAGGUUUGAUGUUUAAUUCUUACGUUCAAGUUGUAGAUGCUGCUUUAACUCUCAUGAUACUUUCCAAGGAUAAAUGGCCUACAAGAAAAGAAUUGAUCGAGAAAAAACAAGCGAAGGGUGAGAAUGAACAAGAAGACUCAUAUGCAAAGGUUCAUUCUCAUGGUGAAAGGUUCGAGUGUGAGACAUGCAACAAAGUUUUUAGAUCUUACCAGGCUCUUGGUGGGCACAAAGCAAGCCACAAAAAGGUCUUCAAGAAUGAUCAAUUAGAGGUAGAUGGUGAAUUUGAUGAAGAAAUUGGGGAUGAUGGUAACUGGGGGAAUAAUAAUGAUGCUCUUAAAGAUCCCAAAAUGCUUAAGUGCCUUACUGCUUCAAAGUGUUUGAGUCUAGCCAAGGACUUGGAAGACACAAGAAGAUACACUCUCCUAAAGCUAUGA